AUGGAUCCAGUUUUCGAUUACUGGAGUGGCGUUGCGGCGUUUUCGCAGACAAUCGCAACAAUUGCAGGAGUAAUCAUGAACUUGUCAUUGUUUGUCUGCCUAAAGUUGGUUCCGUUGGGAGAACUAAAAGUUUUUGUCCCAUUGAUCAUCGUCCACUCCUCCAUAGACUUGACUCAUGUCUUUCUCAACGCCAUUGGAGUACUGGUAAGGGGUUGGGAGAUAUGUUUUGACAUUUUUGGCCUAAAGUUAUAAAAAAAUUGCUUUUUUUGGAUAAUUUAUUCUCGUGUUUUCAGCGAGCAGUAAUCUCGAAUGGUCAUCUUUAUCUUAUCCUUACCGGAGCUCUGUCUGGUGCUUCGGAGCCUUGGUUUUCGGUCCUACUGAGUUCAUACUUCUGGACGAUACUCUUGGAAGCCAUGAUCUGCACCAUCAGCCUGUUCUACCGAUUUUUAUUGGUUUCUCAGUAAGUUUAAGGUUUUCGUGGCGGGACCCAAAAUCGAUAAUUAUAAGCGCUAUAAUAUAGGCCAGAAAACUGUCUGAUGAAUUGGGAAACGUCUUGCAGAUGCUAUGUAGUGUGUUUAAAUUAAAUUUUAGUUAGUUAUCGACUAAUUUUUCGUUAAAAAUACAUCUUUUAGUCUCAAAUACCGGACUUGUUGGAAGCGUCUCUUAGAUCGCACAUUUUUAUCCGUAUUUUCCAGAGGAUUCAAACCCACGGUCUUUCUGGUGGGGAUAUUGACCUUCUUGGCUACGUUGCUCGCCAUGAUGCUGGGAUUGGUCUACUUCUUCGCGUUGGCUGAUUAUGGGACAUCAGAUGUGGAGGGGUCCAAAGCCAGCGAACUUAUGCAACAGUAUCCCUUCUGGAGACGAAAAGCAUUCGAUUAUGCGAUGGUUAAUACGGUAAGGAGGGUUUUUGAUGCUCUAAAGGGUCAAAAAAAAAAAAAAAAAUUUAAUGACCAAAUAUUUUCCUUACUUUACUACUCGGAAAUAGCCCGUAAAAUGUAGGAAAGUCUCCUCCAAAAGGUGGCUAAUACCUUAAUCUUUUUCGUAAAAUCCACUAGAACUAAUCAAAAGAAAAAAAUAACUUCAAAAAAUCACACACUUUUUUCAGACCGAAUCUCGAGUCCGAGUAUUUUUCAUCGUCAUCAUCGCGGUAUGCCUCAUGUGCUAUCUGAUCAGCACUUUAUUCGCCUUAAGAAUUCGAAAAGAUAUCCAUAAGAAGCGCUCGGCUGGGAUGCAAAAUACCGCGACAAUCAAGGUUAAUCACGCUGCCGAUCGACUGCUCAGAAUCAACGUGAGUUUACGGAUAAUUUUGGUUGAUCAAAAUGCAUUUGGUCACCAAAAAAAAAAAAAAAUAAAUAAAAUUUUUGUCAUGUAUAAUAUAAAAAAUCCCAAAUUUUGACUCAAAAUCCUUUCAGAUUUGUGUUCCAAUCAUUUUCUAUUUAAUCCCCGUCCUCUGUUUGUUCUUCUACGCCGCUCUGGAUCUGGACCGACCCAAUAUUGGAUACGUAAUUUCGAUUCCUUACUGUUGGAUGCCUGCCGCAAAGGCCGUCGGAAUUUUGUUGGUAAUGCCGUCUUGGCGUCGAGCGGCGCGACGAUGGCUGCGGGGAGAGAGUGAUCGUUCCAAGAGGGGGAUCAAUCAACGGGGACAGACGGUGCACCCACGCAUAUCGCACAUCGAACUUUCGCAGACUUCCACAAAGGAGCCAAGUACAAGAUAUUAA